GAGGAAGAGAGACACGGAGGGCUUCGGCGAGGAGUCGAGGGAACCCACCACCGGUGAUAAUAUCAGAGAGUUUUUGCUGAGUCUCAGAUAUUUUCGAAUCUUCAUUGCCUUGUGGAAUGUCUUCAUGAUGUUCUGCAUGAUUGU